GAAGGUGGGUCGGAAGGGUCUGUGCAAGCUGGGUCAGAGGGGUGGUGGCUGGAUGUGACUGCAGGGGGGCAGGAGCAGCAGCAGCCACCUGGCAUCUGACAGGCAACCGGCCUCUGAGGGGACACUCGCCUCUUAGCUAAGCAGGACCGCGAGGCUGAUUUGUGUUUGUCGAGGGUCAGAGACACACCUGUGAGGGGCACGGAGCAAGGAGGUGCCUUUCAAGAGGCCACAGAUGUGAGGACUGUCCAGGCCUGAGAACGCCAACUUUCCCUUCUGCUGGGCACCAAGACCCUCACCCAGUGUCUGACCCACCCCUCCGAGUCAACCAGGCUGCCAACGGUUGAGAAGACCUAACCGAGGGCACAGAUGGCUUCAACUGGUCUUGAACUACUGGGCAUGACCCUGGCCGUGCUGGGUUGGCUGGGGACCCUGGUGUCCUGUGCCCUGCCCCUGUGGAAGGUGACCGCAUUCAUCGGCAACAGCAUCGUGGUGGCCCAGGUGGUGUGGGAGGGGCUGUGGAUGUCCUGCGUGGUGCAGAGCACGGGCCAGAUGCAGUGCAAGGUGUACGACUCACUGCUGGCACUGCCCCAGGACCUGCAGGCAGCCCGCGCCCUCUGUGUCAUUGCCCUUCUGCUGGCCUUGCUCGGGCUGCUGGUGGCCAUCACGGGGGCCCAGUGCACUACCUGCGUGGAGGACGAAGCUGCUAAGGCCCGCAUCGUGCUCACCGGCGGUGUCAUGCUUCUUCUCUCGGGCAUCUUGGUGCUCAUCCCCGUCUGCUGGACGGCCCACGCCAUCAUCCAGGACUUCUACAACCCCUUGGUGGCCGAGGCCCUCAAGCGGGAGCUGGGGGCCUCCCUCUACCUGGGCUGGGCAGCAGCUGCCCUGCUCAUGCUGGGCGGGGGCCUCCUCUGCUGCACAUGCCCCCCGCCCCAGAUCGACCGCCCCCGCGGACCGAGGCUGGGCUACUCCAUCCCCUCUCGCUCCGGCGCGUCUGGGCUGGACAAGAGGGACUACGUGUGAGGUGGAGGGUGUCCCCAGAAGACUUGACCUUAUGCUGACACCCUGCUUAACCCUUGCCUUCUACUGUCAACCCCUCCCCAGGUGAAAUCCACUUUCCAGAAGCUCCAGUCAG